GUAACUGAGAGGGAAGUAUAAAAAGGGCCCACACAGCCUGACCACAGUAGACAGACAUCUUCCAGAGCUCUUACUCACAUUAGCCUUCUCUUGACACUGGUCUUCGCCACGAUGAAAGUCUGGUUAGUGCUUCUUCUGCUUCUGCCUCUGUGCACAGCACAAUUCCAAAUUGAGUGCUAUGGCGAAGACCAUCUAUUUGUGAGAAAUCAGUUGCUCCAGUGCAAAAGCAAAGUUCGCCAGGUCUGCUACACAAAAGUUAAUGGGGACAAGGGUUGCACCACUUUGGACUACUGCCAAAGGCCAGGCUGGACUUGCUGUGAAAAGAACCGCUGUAAUGACUAAUCCAGGGACAAGGGGGCGCCAGAGUGCCAGAGUGCACCAAACACAGCUGACAGGCGUUCAGACUGCCGCGUGGAUCCCUUCCCUCGUUCUCUCCGCCUCGUUUUCCCCUCCUCCUCUGUAAACCCGACUGCAGCUGUCAGGGGCAGCCUGCCCAUGGCAGCCACACAAAAAUAAAGCUUCGCGCCAGGCGA